AUGAAGGUCGACUGGACGAAAGUGAAUCAGCCGGACAUCGUGUUCCAGCGGUUCGCGAGCCGGCGAUCACAGGUGUAUGGGACGAAGGGCAUGGUCGCUGCGUCGCAGCCGCUAGCGGUGGAAGCCGGGCUGGAAAUCCUGCGGAAGGGGGGCAACGCUGCUGAUGCGGCGGUCGCUGUGUCUGCUGCGCUCAACGUUACGGAGCCCAGUUGCUGUGGCAUUGGCGGCGAUGCGUUUUGUCUCUUCUACGAUGCGGAGAAGAAGACCGUCCAAGCCAUGAACGGUUCCGGCCGCGCUCCCGCGAAGUUGUCCAUCGAGUACAUGCGGCAGCGUGGCGUCACCGGGCGAGCCAUCCCGGUCACCGAUCUCAACAGCGUCACGGUGCCAGGUGCCGCCGCCGCAUGGGUCGAUACAAUCGAGAAGUUCGGCAGCGGAAAGGUUUCCGUGGCUGAGGCACUGGGGCCUGCCAUUAGGCUCGCUGAAGAAGGUGUACCCGUAUCCGAGAUCCACGCUUUCGCUUGGAAACGAUCAGAGGACCUGAUCAAGAAUGCCUCCCCGAAUGCAGACGAAAUGCUGUUGAACGGGAAGGCACCGCUCCCAGGACAGAUUGUCAAGCUGCCUAACCUUGCCAAAACGUUUCGUGCUCUCGCUGAAAAGGGCAAGGAUGGCUUCUACAAAGGUCACGUAGCCGAGGCGAUCGUCGAGCUCAUUCAGAGCAAGGGCGGUGUCAUGGAACUUGACGACCUCGCAAAACACGAGACGUCGUUUGUGGAGCCAAUCAGCUAUAACUUCCACAAUGAAGUUACUCUUUACGAGUGCCCUCCGAAUGGUCAAGGUAUCACAGCUUUGAUGGCUCUAGGUCUCCUGGAGCAGAUGGAGGCGCAAGGCAAGAUCAAGUCGUUACUCGAGACGGAACACAACUCCGUCGAGUAUCUCCAUGCACUGGUCGAAUCCCUCCGUCUGGCAUUCGCAGGCACCCAGCACUACGUCACCGACCCAGAUGUCCUUUCCAUCCCAGUGAAAGAGAUGCUCAGCAAGGAAUAUCUCGCUACUCGAGCACAGUUGUUCGAUCCAGAGAAGUGCAACCAUAACGUCGUACACGGUAACCCAAUGUUCUCAUCUGACACGGUCUACUUCUCUGUGACGGAUCAGUGGGGCAACGCCUGCAGCUACAUUCAGAGUAACUACGCUGGCUUCGGCACUGGAGCCGUUCCCAAGGGUUGCGGGUUCACUCUCCAGAACCGCGGCAGCAACUUCUACCUGACGCCUGGACACCCCAACGCGCUGGAAGGAGGCAAGCGACCAUACCACACAAUCAUCCCCGCGAUGGCGCUGCGCGGCGAUGAGCUCUUCCUCUGCUACGGUGUCAUGGGUGGUUUCAUGCAGCCGCAAGGCCACGUUCAAGUGCUGCUCAACAUGCUCCGCGGAUUCACCGCCCAAGCCGCGCUCGACGCGCCCCGCUUCUGCAUAUCAGCCGGGAGCCCGGACUCGCUCGCAAGCGGACAAGCAGGCGACGUCAACAGUGAGGUGUACUUCGAGGAGGGCAUCUCCCUCGAAGUCGUCGAGAAGCUGCGCGCUAUGGGUCACGAUGCGCGCACGGUGAGCGGAUCAGGGCGUGGUAUGUUCGGGCGCGGACAGGUCAUCCAGAAGAUCGUCGACCAGUCGGGCAAGAUUGUCUGGGCUGCCGGGUCGGACAUGCGCGCGGACGGGCACGCCUCCCCUCAGAUCUAG